AUGCCGAUUCAGAGCGAUGCGAGCAGGAAGCGAAAGGCACAUACAAAGUCGCGCCAGGGCUGCGGGAACUGCAAGCUGCGAAGAGUCAAGUGCGAUGAGACCCGUCCAAAAUGCAAGAAAUGCACGGCCUUUGGCGUAUCGUGCGACUACGACUCGAAAGCUUCCGACCUCUCAUUCUCAGGCGUUGGAUCCUUCCAAGUAGACAUCCCCAAACCUCCAACGCCUCCAGAAUCGCCCCCAGAGGGCGGUAAUGAAGACAUUGAGGCCGUAAUCGAUGGCAUGAUGAAUGCCCCGCUAUAUCUCCACGUCGACGAUGGGGCUCCAGGACCCGAAGUCUGCUACAUCGAUAAGCCGCAUUUGGAUCUCCUUCGAAAGUUUUACAACCGUACCGUUUUGUCAAUAGGCACAGCAGGAACCAAACACAUCUACCGCGGCGUGAUGACCAGAAUGGCAGCCCAACACUCCUUCGUCCUGCACGCCAUCUUGCGCUUCACUCUAAUCCACGAUCGUUACUUGUACGACCCGAUUGGAACCAAACCAUCAACAGCCGAAGCCUUCCACGGCUACCACGCAGCAGCACUCUUCGGCAAAAAGCUCCAAGGCCCAGUGCCUGAAGAAGAAAAAGACGCCCUCUGGGGCACCGCCGCAAUCCUUGGCGCCAGCGCCUUCGCCAGCAUCGAGGCCUCCAAAGCCGAAGAAGCCUGGCCGCUGAAAGACCCCGAAUUCGCAGACCUCGACUGGCUCAAGAUGAGCGACGGGAAGAAGGAGGUGUGGAAAAUCGCCGAUCCCCUGCGUCCUACGAGUGUCUUCCGCAAUGCGAUCGAGUACGAGAACAGCAGGAAAGCGGAGAUGCUGCACCGGCCGACGGAUCCUGAGUUGGACUCCUUGUUUCCCUGGGUGACAAAGCUAUUCCAUUUGGAUGCUCCUCGAUCAGAAGACGAUCCGAAAGAUCCCUACUUUGAGGCUGCGUCGAUUAUCGAGCGGCUGGUGCCCAUCGAGUGUAACCACAACACAGUCAUGUGGUUCUUGUCAUUCCUGGGCCAUAUGAAUCCCGAAUAUCGUCGACUGCUUGAAGCGAAAGAUACGCCUGCCAUGUUGCUGCUCUCGUGGUGGUAUGCCAAACUGAUCAACUACGAUCAGUGGUGGCUCAGACGGCGAGUCCUAUUCGAGUGUCAAGCCAUCUGCAUAUACUUGGAUGGAGAACUCGCCGAAUAUGAUGAGAUGCGGAAGUUGCUGGACUUCCCCAAGAGCAGAUGCGGUCUGGAUAGAGGAGACCUGGGGAGGAAAGACUUUCCUGCCCAUAAGCGCAGCGAGGACUUUCCUUGGGCACGGAACUUCUAG